CACGCAGACCCAGCUCGAUGCCCUAACCGUGCCCACCGGAGUCUCGUUCCCCUCCGACCGAGGACCCAAGCCCCAAGGUUCUCCAUCUCCAGGUGACCCCUCCGCCUCGAUCCCGUAGGAUUUUUCAGCUGAUUUCUUCGCCAAGCGGCAUGUAUACCCGUGUUUGUGAACGAUUUGGGCUUGCCGCCCGCCGCUUGUGAUGCGAUCCGCUAUGGAGCACCAUAUAAUUCAGCAAGUCGGAGAGCAUGAGGGGGAGGAGGAGGAGGAUGGCAUGGGAACAGAAGCGGCAUUCGAGGGGGUGCACAAUCACGACACUUUCAGGUACAAGCACAAGAAGAGGUCCAAGGUGUGGGAGGAGUACAAACCCAUCUUCCUGAACGGGAAGGUUCAGUUUGCAGAGUGCCUGUACUGCCACAGCCGCAUGAGCUGCAAGGACUCCAAUGGAACGAGCCAUCUCUGGCGGCACCAGAAGAUCUGCCCUGGCAAGAGGGACGUGGUGUUUCGGCGGCUCAAGGAUUCCUACUUCCCAUGUGUUUUGGUGAAUCAGAGUGAACCGGUUACACCAGGUGAUUCGGUGAAUCAGAUUAUUUCAGAGACACUUGACGACAUAAGUUCAGUAAUUCCCAAUAGAUUCAAAUCCAAGGUGUGGAGAGAGUUUUCACCUAUCUAUGUUGAGGGUAAGCUCCAGGCUGCUGACUGCGUGCAUUGCCGCAAACGCCUCAGUGCAAAUAAGUUUGGGGGAAGAAGCCAUCUGAGUCGACAUCUGCAGACCUGUCAGGCACGAAGGGGCUACAAUAAUCAGAAGGGAACGCUUUACCCUUCUAGUGUUCCUGAUUUGAAGUCCAUUGGGCAAGAUGAGCUCUCACCUGCCUUGGCAAAUGGGAAGGUUCACAUAGCAGGAUACUCCAGCAAACAUCUCUGGUCUAGUAGCUCUGCUGACACUUCCCCUAUUGUCCGGCCCAUUCAAGUGUCGGCGCAUCAACCUCUGCCAUCACAAGAUUUUCCAAGCCUGGGGAAACAGAGAACCUCAUUUACAACCACAACUAGUGACAUAAGGAAGGUUGACCAAGGAACAGCUUAUCAAGAACUAGCCAGGAUGAUAGUUUCGCAUGGUUAUCCUUUAUCAAUUGUAGAGCAUGAAGAAAUGAGAAGAUUUGUAAAGAGCCUCAACCCUAUGAUUCAUGCAGAUGCAGUCUCACACAAUGAUAUAGAAGGACAUUGCUGUGCUCUAUUUGAGAAGGAAAAGGCAAAACUUAAAGAUCAAUUGACCCUUUCCUCCCGGCGUGUCUCUUUGUCAGCAAGCAUAUGGACUCCUGAGGGAGCCGAACCAACAGUAAAUUACCUUUGUUUGACAGCACAUUUUAUUGAUAAAAACUGGAAAGUUCACCGAAUGAUAAUCAAGUUUGGCAUGUUUCGGUCCUCACCUACUGAUGUGGAAAGGAUGGUACAUCAUAAGGAGGCUUGUGUACCAGAGUCUGAAUGUGGAGCAUAUAAUGUCAUAUGGGAUGCCAUUAGAGAUUGGAAUCUUGAUCAGAAGAUUUUGAGCUUGACUUCUGUUGGUGAGGUUAGGAAUGCUUUAAGUUCCUCAAAGCUGAAGGAAAUACUUGUGGAGAAAAAAUGCCUUCCUAUCAGAGGCAAGCUAUAUGAUGUUGCUUGUGUUGAUGAUGUCCUUAACACUAUUGCUUCCAAAGUGCAGCAAAAUAUCAUUCACCUUGUCGGUGACAUGGUAACAGAGUUUUUUGUUGCACAUACAUCUUCAUCGUUGAAUCAACAACAGCUUAUGGAAGUCAUUUCACAGAUGAGUCUGAAGUGUCCACAAGAAGAUGCUAAGUGGUGGUACAAAUUUUAUUUUCGGCUUGAAGUUUUUUUGCAUUUCAAUAAGCCAUUUCCUUUUGAAGAAGCAGCAUCUCCAGAGCAUGUCAUAGUUGCUGAGUCUAUUUGCAAGAUUUUGAGGACGUUUUAUCGUGUUAUUGAAGUCAUUUCUGCCUCUAGUUCUCCGACAGCAAACAUGUACUUCAAUGAGAUAUGGAAAGUGAGAACAGUCUUGCAAGAAGAAGCAUCAAGUGAGCAUGCAGAAAUCACUGCGAUGGUCGCAGAGAUGCAGGAAACAUUCAAUGAGUACUGGCAACAUUCAUACUUAUGGUUAUGCAUACCUGUUAUCCUAGACCCUAGAUUCAAGUUCGGUUUCAUUGAGUUCCGUCUGAAACGAGCUUUUGGAUUAAAAUCAGCAAGCUACUUAUCUGGCAUACGUGAAACACUCCAGGAACUCUUCAAUGAAUACUGCAGUCCAGUGGAUCAGCCGAAUGUGCGUGUGCCAAAAAGCGAAUCUUUUAGUCUAGAUGACAACGACUCAUUUGAAGAUUGGGACCAGCACCUCAAUGAGCAAGCGAGCAGUCAGAAAUCCACGGAACUCGAUAACUACCUUGCGGACGGUUUGGUUCCAAGGAAGGAUGACUUCGAUAACCUGAACUGGUGGAUGUGUCACGCCACAAAGUACCCGACACUGGCGGCUAUCGUGCAGGACAUCCUGGCGAUGCCAGCAUCUGCUGUUCCAUCAGAAGCAGCGUUCACAAGCAGUGGACCAGUAAUUCCAAAGCACCACAGCAUGCUAAGCAUCAAGACCAUUGAGGCACUUGUUUGCACUCGAGAUUGGAUGAGAUAAAGCGGUUACGGUCAUACUGUGCUCUGUUUAUCGAUAUGGCUCUGGAACUUCUGUUCCUUGCAUCUUUGCCUAUAAACAUGAAUACAUGACGUGCUGCUGCUGGCCCAGAAAACUUGGCACCCCAGAUUGUGUACCCUGAACUCUGAACAACCAAUGAUGGGAUGCAGUUUUGUUCAGGGGAUGGUCCUGGCUCCCAACCAGUGGGAUCCAGUCCCCAGCCAGGAUUGGGUGGUGGAUCCUGUGAAAUUCCUGCGUUAGAAACAGGCCCUCAGAGGUUUGGUAGGUGUACCUGACUUGGUUCCAUGUGUGUACAGUUGCUCGAUGUAGUUGCAGAUGUAGUUGCAGAUCUGCGGCCCAAAACAGAGCUAAGCUAAUUGUAAUGUUGCAGGCAUGCUUUAUUGGUGAUCUUGGACACUUCUGGUUCUGGAAUAGCAUCCCUAGUGGCUAUACCAGUUCGUUGCAAAUGGACUCGCGGUUGAAAGAAUAAACUGAGCUACUACUUCAGUCCAAUGUUGCAUAGGAAACAUAUAUGGCUGGUUUGGUGGCCAGGGAUCAUCAGGCCAGACAAUCUUUCUCUAACACCAUAAUACCAUCGCCACAAUUAUGUGUAGUAGCACAUCUUAUCUUGUACUACCAUUAUUCAUGGUGGCGUCCACAGCGAAAAGUAACCGUACGCGUCGAAUUGCCGAUGGAUUACUGGAUGUAUGUUAGCAAGAAAAAACAGGCUGGAAAGUGCAACACAGCUGGGGAGAGUGCGAGGCAAGGUUGAGCAGUUGACCAUUGGACGCAUAUGCAUGUGUACGUAACGUGUUCUUAUAUGCAUGCUUCAUCCCCAUCAGAAUUCAGAAA